GGCAGAUGGAAAGAGAAACGGUUAGAAAAGCGUGGUUCUUGCGCAGGAAAGUUGGAGCAAAGAAGAGUUCAGAAGUGGGCGGGUGUGUGUUUAAAAAAAAAAAAAGGGGGUGGAAACCCCACCAGCCAAGUCUGCAGAAAAAAAAUAAAUGAAGUCUGCCUAUCUCCGGGCCAGAGCCCCUCCCCUCGGCCCGCGCGGGAGGAGUGUGACCCAGGUGCCGCUUCCUCUCGCCGCCGAGGGUCAGGAGCCCGUGAGCGCGACCCUCCCCUGGCCCGGCCUGGCCAGUCCCCGCGGUCUCUGCCCGGGCUGACGCCCAGGACUGUGGUCGACGAGAAGCCCCAACAGCAUGUCGUGGCCCCUCGGCCUCGAGCCUGAUCCAGGGAUGGCCUCUGCCUCCACCACAAUGCAUACUACCACCAUUGCAGAGCCUGAUCCAGGGAUGGCUGGAGGGGUGGAUGGCUGGAUGGAGGCCUCCACCCCUACCAUAAUUGACAUUGUCAUCAUUGCAGGCGUGAUUGCUGCUGUGGCCAUUGUCCUAAUCUCCCUCCUCUUCGUCAUGCUGCGCUACAUGUACCGGCACAAGGGCACGUACCACACCAAUGAGGCCAAGGGCACGGAGUUUGCUGAGAGUGCAGAUGCAGCCCUGCAGGGCGACCCUGCCCUCCAAGAUGCUGGUGAUAGCAGCAGAAAGGAGUACUUUAUUUGAGGGACAACAGAUUUCACUUCCCUGAAUGCCUCCCCCAUCUCCAUCAGGAAAAAUACACCCCAUCGCCCAGCACCCCUGCUGAUACCACCAGACAGAGAGAGAGAGCACUUGAUUCUUCCCAAGAUAGGCACCUGGAAACACUAGGUGCCUGCCCAGGGAGGAACGAAGGAGGACUCGCGCUACAAGAGGCCACUCCCAGGGACCCAGGGAGGCGAUGGCCACCCCAGAGGCCACCUUUUGCUCCACGGAGGUGGGAGAAAAUCUGGGCACAUGGGGCCCCCUGGGCAGUGCAGGACAACAUCAGCUCACUGGCAGGAAAGUCCUUGUUGAGAGUGAGGGGGUGCCGGGGUACCCGGGGGCUGGGGAAGCAAGGAAAUAAGUCAUCUGUAUGCUGACUGGGGAUAAUGGCAUCAAAUGUCAGUCCUUGACAUUUGGGGGGAACAGCAGGUGCCAGAGCUAAAAGGUACCUUUGUCUCCCAUUGAUCCAGCUCAGAACGAUUGGAAAUAAAUUUGAAAUGUAACCGAG